AUAACAAACUGACUUUACAAUGUUCCCCAAAUUAAAAUAUUCCUUCUUUCUAAUCUUUCCCUUAUUUUGACCAUCUCCCUCUCUUUUCCCUUCCCCUAUAUAAUGUUUCCAACCCCCACCUCUCUCUCCUCAUCUAGUCAUCUUCCCCCUCAACCAAUUCCCCACAAUCUAGUUUCAUUUCUUGUGCCCCCUUUACUUAUAUUUCAAUAAAUGGAGGAAACUUUGGUGAUGCCAAAGAGGCCUAGAGAAGAAGCCCAAGUGGAAAAAGGCUUGGACUUUGAAAAGGAAGAAGACUACACCAAGAGGCACAAACCAUACAACCACAUCCUCUCACUUCUUGAUUUGGAGGAAGAGGAGUCAACACAAGACCUCUCUCCUCUCAUGACAACCCUCCAAAAGGAAAUCACUUGUGCCUCUAACAACACCUCACAUGAUGAUGAUACCCUUUUGUUGUGCCCAACUCAUGGAAAUGACCAAGAGACCCUCACAAUCACUACUUUAGAGGACAACACCACAACCUCACAAGAGGAGGAGAGUGACAAAGAGAGGGUCAUGAGACAUCUUCUUCAUGCCUCUGAUGAUGAACUUGGGAUCCCAAGUAGUGGGGAUAAUGAUGGGUUUUUUGGGCUUGGUGAAGAUAGGGUUAAUAGUGGAGAUGGCUUUUCUUCUUUGUGUGAUAAGUUGUGGGAGCUUGAAGAUGAGAGAGCUAACUACUAUGCUUUCUUGCAAUCUGAACUAUUCCUUGGGGGGCAUUAGGAAACUGAAAAAUUAUUAUCAACUAGGUGAUAACAUAUUAGGAUCAAAGAUGGAGAAUUUUUUCUUUUCUUCUUUUCUUUUUAUUUUAUGUAGUUUAAUUUUUUAAAGCUUCUUUUGUAAAGACCACGGGAAGCAUAUGACUCUAUGUUGUCAUUGCUUACUAUCUACUGUUAAGCAGUGCCACUUUUGCAGGUCAAUCGGUACUUCUGCCCUAGAAAAAUCAACUAGAUACAUUAAAAAAGUAAGAGUAUUAGUUUUUUUUUAAUUCUUAAUUUGUCGUUGUCUU